AUGUAUUCAGAGGAUGAUAUCACGUAUGAUGAUAAUGAUGUAGACUACUUUGAGAAUGAUGAUAUAUACACCGAUGAUGAUGGUGAAGGAUAUUCUAGUCAUUCCACGGAUGAUAGUAAUGAUGCAGAAGAAGAUCCUGAAGAGGAUAAACCGGAGCCUUUAAAAAAAGAUUAUACUGCUAUGAGUGAGGGAGAUAUACGUGACAUGCAGGAAGAACAUAUUGCGUCGGUAUGUAAUAGGCUUUUUGUUUCAAGAGUUUCAGCUAUAAUACUACUUGUCCACUUUAGUUGGUCUGUCGAUACUGUAUACGAUAAAUGGUUUGGUGAUGAAGAUAAGGUACGGAAGGAUGUUGGUUUGCUCGAGAACCCCGAUGCCCUUGCAGUUAAAGAGGAGCAGGAAGUUACUUGUAUGAUAUGCUUUGAUGCGUAUUCGUGUGAAGAUAUGGUUUCUGCUGCUAGUUGCGAUCAUCUCUUUUGUAGGUCGUGCUGGAAAGGAUACAUCCGUACGUCGAUUAGCGAUGGACCUGGAUGUUUGAAGUUGCGAUGUCCUCAGCCAUCCUGUAAUGCUGCUGUGGGUGAAGACAUGGUAGAUGCAUUGGUUUGUGAAGCAAGUAAAGAGAAAUAUUUUCAUUACCUUUUCAGGUCUUACGUUGAUGGUAAUAAUAAAUCCAAAUGGUGUCCUGCUCCAGGCUGCAGUUCCGCCGUUCUAUUUGAUUUGGGUAGUGAAAAUCUUGAUGUUACUUGCAAAUGCAAGUAUAAAUUUUGCUGGAGUUGUACCGAGGAAGCACAUCGGCCAAUUGACUGUAGCACUAUAGCAGAAUGGAAAGACAAGAACGAUAAUGAGUCUGAAAAUGUAACUUGGAUAUUAGCUAAUUCAAAGCCUUGUCCAAAAUGCCAACGACCCAUUGAGAAAAAUCAUGGUUGUAUGCAUAUGUCGUGCACAGCGCCUUGCUUAUACCAGUUCUGCUGGCUUUGCCUUGGUCCAUGGUCAAAGCACGGAAGCGAAACAGGUGGCAAUUACAAGUGUAAUCGAUAUGAGAAGGCAAAGCAAUUGGGCGAGUAUGAGGAGGAGGUGAACAAAAGAGAGAUGGCAAAAAAAUACAUUGAAAAGUAUGCUCAUUACUACGAACGUUGGGCUCUUAACCAUAAGUCGAUGGGUCAGGCAGUUCAACAAUUUAAGGAAAUGCAGUCUGAGCAUAUUAAGAACCUCAGUUCCAAGGUUGGCAAGCCCGAGACAGAGAUCGAUUUCAUUAGUGAUGCCUGGCUGCAGAUCAUUGAAUGUAGACGUGUUUUAAAGUGGACCUAUGCAUAUGGAUAUUACUUGCCUGAGCAUGAACUUGCGAAAAAAGAGUUAUUUGAGUUCCUUCAAGGUGACGCUGAAUCUCGAUUAGAAAAACUUCAUCAUUGUGCAGAGAAAGAGUUAAACCUAUAUGUCGAAGAUAAAAAUCCAUUAGAACUUUUUGAUGGUUUUAGUAGGAAGCUAAAGGGACUUACUGUAGUCACUGGGAAUUAUUUUGAAAAGCUGGUCAGUGCCCUGGAAAACGGUCUAUCAGAGGUGCAUGGUACAUGCAGCAACCAUAAAGAAGAUGCAUCCAGCAAGGAAAAAAAUGGCUCAAAAAGACGAACUGAUAGCGGACGUAUUCGGAAUCGGCAAUUCGAAUGA